AUGACAGGUGUGUGUUCCAGUCAAGAAUAUUUGACAGAAAAUUGUUUACAUAUUUUAACUGAAAAUCUAAGCUUGAAGGAGUCGAAAUUAAGAUGUCAAGAACAAAAUGGGAGUCAUCUUACUUUGGAUAAAGUUUUAUCGAAUGAGAUGUUUAUGAAUCAAUUGAGGAUCUUUGUUUCUGAAACAAGACAAAGUAUUUGGAUAGAAAAAGACGAAAACAGAAAAUGUCGAGCAUUUUCGUGGAAUGGUAAAGUGGUUACUCUUGAAAAAAUUUUUGUAUGUACUGAAAAGUUUCAUCCAGCUUGUAUAUUUGAAACUGAUAACAGAACAUGCAGCAAAGAACCCGUGGCUGGUAUAAACUCGAAGACUAAAGUAAAAACGAUAUUGAUAGCAUCUAUUUGUGGAGGUGUGACAGUAGUGAUAUUCAUUAUAAUAAUUAUUUGUUGUUAUGUCAAAGCAAGAAAUAAAAACAGAAGUAAAUGUGAAUCACAAGAAGCUACUUCCUUUGAAUUGAAAAGAUAUCGAGUGAGUGAAGGAUUUAAUACCCCUGUUAUAACUGAUGAUGAAAUUAAAGGCAGUGUGACGGCAGGGGAAAACGAAAUUCCAUACUAUAUAUUAGAAAAUAAUUUUAAUUUAAAACGAACAAACGACUGGGCGGAAGAACAAAAUUCCAGUUUGGCAGAAAUAAUGUAAUCAUUUAGCAUUUAGUUCUUUAUACAGAACUGGUAUUAUAGUUGUAGGCAAUCUGUCUAUAAAUAACGAUUUAGUAAGGGAUUGUAUACUAUAUAUAAUUGGGUCAAAAUAUACAUAC